AUGAGCACUCCAAUCAUCUCUACACCUAUUACAAAGCUCUUCGGCAUCACUCACCCAAUUAUUCUUGCGGGUAUGAAUGUUGCUGCUGGUCCAGAGUUGGCCGCUGCCGUCACGAAUGCUGGCGGUUUGGGAGUUAUUGGAGGUGUCGGCUACACACCAAAAGUUCUGCGUUCUCAGAUUAAGAUCCUCAAGGACGGGCUCAAGGACAAGAACGCUCCUUUCGGCGUCGACCUUCUCAUCCCUCAGGUUGGUGGAAAUGCGAGAAAGACCAACUACGACUACACCAAGGGUCAGCUUGGCGAACUGAUCGAUGUCAUUAUUGAAGAGAAGGCAAAGCUCUUCGUUUGCGCCAUCGGAGUUCCACCAAAACCAAUCGUUGACAAGCUUCAUGCUGCUGGCAUCCCUGUCAUGAACAUGGUCGGCCAUCCCAAGCAUGUCGCAAAGGCGCUGGCGGUUGGUGUCGACCUCAUCUGUGCUCAAGGUGGCGAGGGUGGCGGUCAUACCGGUGAUGUUGCUGGAACUAUCCUUCUCCCAGCAUGCUUGGACGAGGUCAAGGGCAAGGUGUCGCCUCUAACUGGCGAGCCUGUGCAAGUCGUCGCCGCUGGUGCGAUGUAUGAUGGACGCGGCCUCGCUGCCGCUCUCUCCUAUGGCGCUGCUGCAGUAUGGGUCGGUACACGAUUCGUCGCGGCGACCGAGGCAGGUGCACCCAAGAAGCACAAGGAAGAGAUCGUCAAGGCUGAUAUCGACGGUACCGUCCGCACCGUCAUCUUCACUGGUCGCCCUCUGCGCGUAAUCAAAAACGACUAUGUCGUCGAUUGGAACGAGAAUAGGACGAACGAGAUUAAGCAGCUCACUUCGCAGGGUGUCAUUCCGCAUGAGAAGGAGUUGGAGAAGCGACCAGAAAUCUCUUUGUCCACUCGUCCGUGGCUUACUGGUGCCGUCGCUGGUCUCAUCAAGGAUGUCCUGCCCGCUCAACAAAUUAUCGACAACAUGGUGACCGAAGCCGCAACAAUUCUGACGCGAAACGCAUCUCUCGUCAAGGCCAGGCUCUAG